AUGGCUGUCUCGUUGAUCUUAAUGUUUCUUUCUCUAAUGCUAAACUCUUUUGGAAUUUUUGUUUUAAAUAUGCAACACAAAAGAAAGAGCAGUACCCAAAAAUUGAUUUUGAUCAACUUGAGCACAAUUGAAAUAGUAAAAAUGAUCCAGGACAUCUGUGUAUUGAUUAUUUUCCAAUACUUCGGCAUGGUUUAUGAAAGCUGUAUGAUUUACUUCGAGCUGAUAGAAAUUGGAUUGCUAUCUAUUAUUUUUCUAUCAAUGAUAUUGAUCUCCGCCGAUCGAUUUCUUUGCAUUACGUUGGGAGUAAAAUAUAAAGCAAUUGUUACGAGAAGAAAAGUGAAAUUCACUGUGGUAAUGAUUUGGAUUAUUGGCGUCAUUUCAACAAUUCCAUUUUUAUUUGCAAAGAAGAGAUCGCACUUUAAAUAUAUUUACUACGCUGCGUUUGGAACGUUGUUUGUUAUCGUGUCUGUGAUAACUUACGCUACAAUCGCCUAUUACAUGCGCUCAAGGACAAGAAAUGCGCUUGCAAUUCAGUCAGGAAAAGGAUUUAGAAAGUCGUACAUUGUCCCAUUUGGCAUUAUCACAACAUUUGUUCUGUUCAAUGUUAUUCCAGACGCAGCUGAAGUCUUGGUAGUGCAUUAUAAUCGACCACUCGAUUCUACAACGUACGAAGCUGUGUUCUGUUUUUACAUUAUCGGCUACAUCGCUGAUCCUUUAAUAUAUAUCUUUCUGAAUGCCGAAACAAGAGCUACAGCCCGAAGUUUUAUCUAUACACUUUUUAGAUUUGAGGAAAGAGAUGUAUCACCACCAACGAUAAUUUGA